AUGGCGGAUGUUGAGCGGACGACGAACGGACAAGACGAACUUCAUUCUUGCUUUCUUUGGGGGGGCGGGGACUUAGACUCGUCACCUGCAGUAGCUACGCGGAGCAACCGCGCGCCCAAUGAAGCUGUCGCUGCGACAGGCGCAGUCACACCGGCGUCAAUGACUCCUCUGCUCUCCAGCAUCGAUCCCAUUAACGCUGCUCUGGAAGCUGCAGUGGCACAUUCUCCACUGCCGACCGGUACAGUGCGUGUGUGCCACGCAACGGAAGACGAGUGGAACGCGUUUGCAGACAGCGAGGAUCCAAUCGCUCGACGCAACUAUCUUGAAUGGUUUCCUGACACGGAAGAGAUUCACAUCAUCGAGUUUGCCGACGCUCCACACGAAAUUUACAUUGCAGAGCUAAACGAAUUUCUUAUGGACCACGCCACGCAACACCCGACUCGGUGCUUCCUCCGAACGUUUCAGACCAAUGAAGAGUACAAAUCCACCGACAGAGUUGCAGGAAGCCCUACAGGGAGCGCCAUCCGUGGCGGAAUACCAAGGAUUCGACGUUUGUCAAACUGGAUUGCCGUUCUUGGAGCGACGAUUGGAAGUGGAGCCAGCUGCACGAGUGGAUGGACGCGAGCAUCAUACAACUUGUAUUCGGCAUUCGCAAAGUUUGGAUCGAACGACACACAUAGCUCAUAUUCGACUCCUGGCAUCGCGGCCCAUAUCGCAAUCGCCUUCUGGUCGAGCUCUCCAGGUGCCAUCCCCACUGCUGAGAAACUCCAAUCUCAACCUUAA